CGGGUCCUUCAGGUCACACGGAAGCCAACGCUAAUGACCGAUGUUUGUUUUGCUACAGUUAGCAGUAUGCCUGCUGAACGCAAGCGCUCGGUAAACAUGGACGAGAAAGACGUUUGCACCUUCGCCAGCAAGGAGAAGGAGAAGGAGAAGGAGCGGGACGGGGAGAGGCGACCGGGGUCCGCUCGGGACAAAGCAAAGGACGAGGCCAAGAUGAGCGGGAAGAAAGACGGUGGCGGCGGCGGCAAGGAAGAGAAGAGGAAGCGUCUGGAGGAGGAGAAGAAGAAGAAGGAGGAGAAGGAGCGCAGGAAGAAGGAGGAAGAGAAACAGAAGGCGGAGGAGGAGCAGAAGAAGAAGGAGGAGGAGGAGAAGAGGCAGCAGGAGGAGGAGGAGAAGAAGCUGCAGGAGGAGGAGGCGAGGAGACAGCGCGAGGAGGAAGAAGCUCUCCUGAAGGAGAAGGAGGAGGGGCACCAGCUGCACCAGGAGGCCUGGGAGCGUCACCAGUGCAGGAAGGAGCUCCGCGUCAGGAACCAGAACGCCGGGGAGGGCCGGCCCGAGGAGGCCUUCUUCAGCCGCCUGGACUCCAGCCUGAAGAAGAACACGGCCUUCGUCAAGAAGCUGCGCACGCUCACCGAGCAGCAGCGCGACUCGCUCUCGCACGACUUCGGCUCGCUCAACCUCAGCAAGUACAUCGGCGAGGCGGUGAGCUCCGUGGUGGAGGCCAAGCUGAAGAUCUCGGACGUGGGCUGCGCCGUGCACCUGUGCUCCCUCUUUCACCAGCGCUACGCCGAGUUCGCGCCACUGCUGCUGCAGGCGUGGAAGAGGCACUUUGAGGCGCGGAAGGAGGACAAGUCGCCCAACGUGAGCAAGCUACGCACGGACCUGCGCUUCAUCGCCGAGCUCACCAUCGUCGGCCUCUUCACGGACAAGGAGGGCCUGUCGCUCAUGUACGAGCAGCUGAAGAACAUCAUCAGCACCGACCGGGAGACGCACACGCACGUGUCGGUGGUGAUCAGCUUCUGUAAGCACUGUGGCGACGACAUUGCCGGGCUGGUGCCGCGCAAGGUGAAGCUGGCGGCAGACAAGUUCGGCCUGACCUUCCCGCCGAGCGAGAUCAUCACCACGGAGAAGCAGCAGCCCUUCCAGAACCUGCUGCGGGAAUACUUCACCUCGCUCACCAAGCACCUGAAGAAGGACCACCGCGAGCUGCAGAAUAUCGAGCGGCAGAACAGGCGGAUCCUACAUUCCAAAGGGGAGCUGAGCGAGGACCGGCACAAGCAGUACGAGGAGUUUGCCACCUCCUACCAGAAGCUAUUGGCCAACACUCAGUCUCUGGCGGAUCUGCUCGACGAGAACAUGCCGGAUCUGCCUCAGGACAAGACGGUGCAGGAGGAACACGGUCCUGGCAUCGAUAUCUUCACGCCCGGCAAGCCGGGCGAGUACGACCUGGAGGGAGGAAUCUGGGAGGACGAAGAUGCCCGCAACUUCUACGAGAACAUGGUGGACCUGAAGGCCUUCGUCCCCGCCAUCCUCUUCAAGGACAACGAGAAGAGCGGCCAGGGCAAAGAUAAGGACGACGCAAAAGACGGGAAGGACGCGGCCAGCACCACCAGCACGACCACGGAGGAGCUGGAGCUGGAGCUGGAGGCGCUGGACAUCACCGACGAGCCUCUGGAGCUGGAGGGAGCGGACGAGGUGGAGAACGAAGAGCUGGCCAAGAAACUGCUGGACGAGCAAGAGCAAGAGGACGAGGAGGCGAACACUGGCUCUCACCUGAAGCUGAUCGUGGACGCCUUUAUCCAGCAGCUGCCCAACUGCGUCAACAGAGACAUCAUCGACAAGGCGGCCAUGGACUUUUGCAUGAACAUGAACACCAAGUCCAACAGGAGGAAGCUUGUCCGGGCGCUGUUCACCGUCCCCAGGCAGAGGUUGGACCUGCUGCCCUUCUACGCGCGCCUGGUGGCCACUCUCCACCCCUGCAUGUCGGACGUGGCCGAGGACCUGUGCUCCAUGUUGAAGGGAGACUUCAGGUUCCAUAUCCGUAAGAAGGACCAGAUCAACAUCGAGACGAAAAACAAAACGGUCCGAUUCAUCGGGGAACUGGCCAAGUUCAAGAUGUUCUCAAAAACGGACACGCUUCAUUGUCUGAAGAUGCUGCUGUCGGACUUCACCCAUCACCACAUCGAGAUGGCCUGCACGCUGCUGGAGGCCAGCGGCCGCUUCCUCUUCAGGUCCCCGGACUCUCACCUGCGCACCAGCGUCCUGCUGGAGCAAAUGAUGCGCAAGAAGCAGGCGCAGCAUUUGGACGCGCGCUACGUCACCAUGGUGGAGAACGCCUACUACUACUGCAACCCGCCGCCCAUGGAGAAGACGGUGAGGAAGAAGCGGCCGCCGCUGCAGGAGUACAUCCGCAAGCUGCUGUACAAGGACCUGUCCAAGGUCACCACGGAGAAGGUGCUGCGGCAGAUGCGCAAGCUGCCGUGGCAGGACCCCGAGGGCAAGGGCUACCUGAUCUGCUGCAUGGUCAACAUCUGGAAUGUCAAGUACAACAGCAUCCACUGCGUGGCCAACCUGCUGGCCGGCCUGGUGGCCUACCAGGAGGACGUGGGCAUCCACGUGGUGGACGGCGUGCUGGAGGACAUCCGGCUGGGCAUGGAGGUCAACCAGCCCAAGUUCAACCAGCGGCGCAUCAGCAGCGCCAAGUUCCUGGGCGAGCUCUACAACUACCGCAUGGUGGAGUCGGCCGUCAUCUUCCGCACCCUCUAUUCUUUCAUCUCGUUUGGCGUGAACCAGGACGGCAGCCCCAGUCCCCUCGACCCGCCCGAGCACCUGUUCCGCCUGCGCCUGGUCUGCACGCUGCUCGACACCUGCGGCCAGUACUUCGACCGCGGCUCCAGCAAGAGGAAGCUCGACUGUUUCCUCAUCUACUUCCAGCGCUACAUCUGGUGGAAGAAGAGCGUGGACGUGUGGACCAAGGACCACCCGUUCCCCAUCGACAUCGACUACAUGAUCAGCGACACGUUGGAGCUGCUCCGGCCCAAGAUGAGGCUCAGCUGCUCCCUGGAGGAGGCCACCAAGCAGGUCGCCGACCUGGAGAGGGAGGUGCUCUUCAAGCUGGGCCUGGCGAUGGAGAAGGACGGUCGCUCCAGCGCCAUGAGCGAAGGCGAAGCGCUUGAUGAGGAAGACGAUGACGACGACGAGGAGGGAGGCGCCGAGACGGAGGAGCAGUCGGGCAACGAGAGCGAAAUGAACGAGCAGGAAGAGGACGACGGAUCUGAGAAUGAAGAAGAGGAGAGGGAGGAAGAGGAGGAAGAGAACACCGACUACCUGACCGACUCAAACAAAGAGAACGAGACCGAUGAGGAGAACAACGAGGUGACGAUCCGCGGCGGCGGACUGAAGCACGUCGCCUGCGCUGAGGACGAGGACUUCAUCCAGGCUCUGGACAAGAUGAUGCUGGAGAACCUACAGCAGCGCAGCGGCGAGGCGGUGAAGGUUCACCAGCUGGACGUGGCCAUCCCUCUGCAGCUGAAGAGUCAGCUGAAGAAAGGCGGCGGCGGUUCCUCUGGGCCUCCGUCCAUCGCCGAGGCCGAGUCGGACGCCUUGGACACCAUGCAGUUCGUCAUGCUGACGCGCAAGGGCAACAAGCAGCAGUACAAGAUCCUGAACGUGCCACUGUCGUCGCACCUGGCGGCGAACCACUUCAACCAGCAGCAGGCGGAGCAGGAGGAGCGCAUGAGGAUGAAGAAGCUCACCCUGGACAUCAACGAGCGGCAGGAGCAGGAGGACUACCAGGAGAUGUUGCAGUCCCUCGCCCAGCGUCCGGCUCCGGCCAACACCAACCGGGAGCGUCGGCCUCGCUACCAGCACCCGAAAGGAGCUCCCAACGCCGACCUGAUCUUCAAGACCGGAGGAAGGUGAGAGGAGACGCUGAUCCGAAUCUGGGCCCGGGCUGAGUGAGCAAGAGAGCAAAGUGAACAAAAGCGUGAGAGAACGAGAAGAUCGGAGCGCCGACCGGUCCACAACGGGGGGACGGUGUCCUCCAGACGCCCACUGACGAUGCCGGGGGACAGACCAAACCAGCUGACCCUGAACACCACACACACUCUUACCCUGCCGACGACGAGGAGGAGGAGGAGCCAGGGGGAGGGGUCAGAGGUCAAGGGUCAGAAAGAUGUCUCUCUCUUUUCUUUCUUUUUUUUGUCUGUUGCCUGAGAUGACAAAAAACAACAACAACAACAACUGUCCGGACCAACUACAAAAGACGACUGACCGAUGGACUGGCGAGUGGGACAGGAAGGCGGGACCAACGGCUCGGCUCCCGCCGUCACAACAGUUGGAGGAAAAAGUGACUCGUGGUUUGAAGACAUUAAAAAAAAAAAUUUAAAAAGCUACAUUUACGUGAGAUUAGCAAAAGGACACUGAAUUUAUUUUUUGCCCUCAUUUUGUUUUUGGGACUCGGGAACAAAUCGUGUUGGGUCUAAGGAGACGGACGACAGACGGCGAGGGGGGCUGACGCUGGCGGUGCGUUCACAGACAGUUCGCAGUGACAGUGGCGAAACGAAGACCAUGACGUCGUGAACGAACACUUGUUCUAAAAGGCGCGUGUUCAUUCAGAGUGGUCUGAUAACUGGACGAAAUAUUGUUUUCGUUGAUAAAUCGUUUUGUCUGGAAAAAGGAGAAAUCGACAAAUGGUUCGAAAUAUUCAGUUGACUGUAAAAGAAGAAGAAGAAGCUGCAACCAGCAGGUUUUUGGUAUUUUUACAUCAAAAAUUACUAAAACCAAUAAUCGUAACAUUAUUACAUUUUCUGUCGAUCGACUAAUUGAUUAAUAAACCUUAUCGUUGCAUGAUCAUAAACAUAAACUCCGCUGGUUUAACGUUCCCCUCCUCACGAACACGUUCACACUUUCUUUGGUUCGUCUGUAGUUUCUGAAGAAUCAUUUUGAUUAUUAACUGCUGAAUAUAGAGUAAAAUAUAUAUUUGUGUUAAUUGAGCUGAAUCGAUUGACGACAAAAAAAUCGUUGCCAUCUAUUUUGAUGAUAAAUGAAUCAGAGGUCUCCGAGAGGCGUAUGAACAGACAUUUAUUUUCAGUUAUCAAUUCAGUUGAUUUUCUCAGUCAGUCGUUUGCAGAGAAAAGUAAACAUUUCUGAGACGUCAUGUUUUCUUUUGCCCGCUUGAGAAUCUAGCUGUUUCAAGUCCAUGCUAAGCUAAGUGCUAAGCUAACGAAACUCGUAACGAACCACAAUCCGCUCUGACUCGACGUGUGUCGCCACCAGAAAUCGGAGUCUCGCACCACCGGACGCUGCUCUUCCACCUCGUGUGCGAUCUGGAAACACUGACGGCGUCCGGUGACCCGCUCACUGACGGACACCUGACUGUACAUACAGUAACCGCCAUUCUACUUUCCCAACUCCUGUCUCGCUAAAUGUUUUGGGUAUUUUUCCGCCUCCUCCGGAAUCAGGAGCAAUCUAAGAGUGAGUUUGAUUUGGAUUUUUGUUGUGUAACGUGGUGAAGCGCUUUUCUUUUCUUCUGGAUAACCGUGUGCCUGAGGGUCUUCCGUAGCGACGACAGUGACUUAAUAUUCUUUUAGAUGAGUUUUUAUCUUGUUGGAGCCUGUAGAUGAAUUAUUCUCUGUGUUCUGCUGCUUGAGCCUGUUUUCGUCACCAGCUCUGCGUGUCUCUCGUAGCGAAGCGUCCGAGCGGCGACUCGGGUUUUACUUCGUCUGUGUCUAGAUUAAAAAAAACUACUGUUGUUUUUUUUCCUGCGAGCAAAAGAGAAAAAAAACGUAGCGGCUCACGACUCGUGACAGACAGAAGUUAUCACAAUAAAUAUAUGGAGAUGA